UGUGGCUGACUGUUAUCAUUCGACGGAGCGACGUAGCCGUAAAUACACGCGGCGCGAAUAAAAACAUUCGUUCGUUUUUUAAAUCGCUUCGUUCAGUUGCAUAUUUAAUCAAGUUGGAUUGAGUUGUGUUAGUGAAUUUUUUAAAUUAAAAAGGAACAAAUUGAAAGCAGUAAAAAUGGCGCGCGGUAGUGUGUUUGGAUGUGGAUCUUCUAGUCAUAGCGUAAUGUUUGUUAAAGUUGCUGUUGCAGUAUUGUUCUUAGGAUUACCACGUGCACAAUCGCAAGUAGAAAAAAUGUAUGUCGACGUCACAGAAGUCAACCUCUUGGUGGACGAGACGCGACUCUUCAAAUUGAUUCAAAUCGGCGAAUACAACGAAACCAUAGACGUGACAAUACAAGCCCAGCACCCAGACAUCGUCCAGUUCUUGCCGCCUCACGUCUUGAUACCGGGCGUGGAGAGCCCCAAUACGACAGUCGAGAUAUCAUACGAUAUCAGCGCGCAUGGGAAGAGUCCGGGUCAUUCAGACGUUUCCUUUAAUGUCACGCCGAGUGGCAUCGUCAACAUGGACACAGUAUUCAUCCUGGUGACCGUGAUGCACUCUAACGCCAUCUACAUAAUCUCGUACAUCAUGGGUUGGGUGUAUUUCGCGGCGUGGUCGGUCUCGUUCUACCCACAAAUAUACGUCAACUUUAAAAGGAAAAGCGUCGUGGGCCUCAACUUCGACUUCCUCGCACUCAAUAUCAUGGGCUUCACCAUGUAUUCGCUGUUCAAUUGCGGCCUAUAUUUCUCUAAUGAAAUACAAGCGGAAUACUUCGCUCGACACCCGAAGAGUUUGAAUCCAGUGCAGCUGAACGACGUUUUCUUUUCCCUCCACGCCGUGUUUGCUACCCUCAUCACGAUUGUACAGUGCUUCAUUUAUGAGCGCGAGGAGCAGCGAGUUUCGCUGGUGGGGCGCGGGUUAUUGGGUGUUUUUGGUCUCGUAGUGACAGUGACGGCCAUCUUGGGCGGCGUCGGCACCUUGGCGUGGCUCGACUUCUUAUACUACUGCAGCUACAUCAAGCUCGCCAUCACGCUUAUAAAAUACGUUCCUCAGGCGUACAUGAACUACAAGCGCAAGUCUACCGUCGGGUGGAGUAUCGGCAACAUCUUCCUCGACUUCACCGGCGGGUUCCUGUCCAUUUUCCAGAUGGUUCUCAACGCGUACAACUAUAACGACUGGAUUUCCUUCUUCGGCGACGCCACCAAGUUCGGCUUGGGCCUAUUCUCGCUCGUGUUCGACGUGUUCUUCAUUCUGCAGCACUACGUGUUUUACAGAGAGAACAACGAUUUUGAUGUAGUAGACAGUAACAGUAGUGACGAGUCGAGUCAAGGGGAAACGCGGAGUGGUGACGGGCGGGAGUACUUUUUAUUGGUCGAUAAUUGGAAUGCCGAUGAAAAGAAGUACGAUCUCAAUGGCAAAGCGUGAUGAAGGCUGGGGGCAGCUUCAACCGAUCCUGUACUAAUAAGAUUAGGUUAUUUAUUGUGGUUCAUAGCUUUAUCGCAAUGCCAUACACUUCGACUUAUCCGCCCACAAUUGUCUACCUAGAAUAAUGUCUAGCUUGCUCAAGAAAAAACCUAAAAGGUAUUUUACAUCUUCCCUAUUUGUAACUAAGAUUUAUAUUUUUAGACUUUCGUAGUCAUGUAUUGUUGAGUUUAAUAUAAUUUAACAGGGACCAAUUCAAAAU